AUAUAGUAUUCUGUCUAAAGGUCGAAUGCCACAAUCCAGGUGUAAUGCCAAAUUAACUGUGUCGGUCAGUUGUUGUUUAUACAUUCUGAAAUCAUGGCAUCUGCAGCUUUGUAUUCAUUUGAAAAUGAAAUAUUCUGCCUUUUCGCGACCUAUACUUCCAUCGUUAUCAUCAAGAUGCUAGCAGUCGGCAUUUGGACAUCGAAAUACCGUUUUCAAAAUAAGGUAUUUGCCAACCAUGAAGACUUAGCCUUAGCCCGAGACGACAGUAAUAAACUCAAACCUAUUUAUGAUGAUCAAAAUGUAGAAAGACUUAAAAGAUGCCAUGUAAACGAUCUUGAAAACAUCGUUCCUUUCAUUGCAUUGGGCUUGCUCUACGUAGCAACAGAGCCUACCUUCAAUGCAGCUUCGCUUCUCUUCCGUACAUUCGCAUUCUCUCGAGUCUUCCACACCAUAGCCUACCUCUCACCCCUCCCGCAACCCUCCCGCCUGCUAGCUCAUGUCAUUGGGGUCAUCGUCAACGUUGCCAUGGCUGUUUGCAUCAUCAGUAAAGGACAGUUGUAAUGAUUAUAAAAAUAUGUAAUACCUCAGUCACACCAACCUGACUCCAGGGUCCCGGUUCACAAAGCCUUUUUUGAAUGCCAAAUGACAAAAAUCAGUGACAAAUCUGUUGAUAACCAAUCAGAAGCAAGGAUUUCAGUCGUUUGUCACUGAUGACAAGUUUUGUGAAACGCCCCCCCCCCCCCAGACCGAGGGUAGUGUCAUUUUGUGAUGGCAUGUACGUAGUCGAUCUCGUGCCGAUGUCGUUGGUGUGACUUGAGGCCUAAGGACAGUAUUCAUGACAAAAACGCCACUUUUUUUGUCUACGCAUCGUUUUUUUUUUAAUGAUAUUUAUUUUCCAUUGUUGAUUAUGUAUUGCUUUGUUUUUAAUGUUUCGCAGACAGUCGUUAAAUAUCAGUAGUAAUUGUGUAUUCAAAAUUCGAUAAGGAAGAGCAGGUUUCUCCCUUGAUUGGGGGGGGGGGGGGGGGGGGGUCGAUGUUAAUUCUUACCACCAUGAUAUACCUCUGUAUAAUUAUGAUAACUAUUUUUAUGUGCCUUUAAAAGAGAGAUGAUAUACCUCUGUAUAAUUAUUAUAACUAUUUUUAUGUGCCUUUAAAAGAGAGGGGGCACACAUCGGCUACAGUCCUGGAUACGCCACUGGAAGUAGACAAACCUAAGUUUGUUUUAUUUCAAAGAAGAUCAUAAGUUUAGGAAAUCAGCUGAUAUGCCUAUGCUUUUUUGUUCGUGGUUGAGUAAAGGGUUCGUGUUUUGUUUUGUUCGGUUAUACUUAUUUCAUUGGUAAAAUGUUGAGGAAACAGCGAGUACCCAUACGUAUAACAAACAAUAUGUCAUAGAACAGCAUUUCUGUCAGAGGUGACGUGUUUGCAAACUUAUGCCAUAACAAUGAUGAUGUGUUUUUAUACAGAUUACUUGGUAGUCAGAAAAAUAAAUGACUCAUUAAGAUUGUAUACAUGCA